ACGCCCGCCCCCGCGCGCCGGCCGCCCGGCGCCCUCCUCCGCGCGGCCCAGCCUGCCCAGGCCUCUGGCGAACAUGGCGCUUGUCCCCUCGCAGGUGCUGCGGGUGGCCAUCCUGCUGUCCUACUGCUCUAUCCUGUGCAACUACAAGGCCAUCGAAAUGCCCUCGCAUCAGACCUACGGAGGGAGCUGGAAGUUCCUGACGUUCAUUGACCUGGUUAUCCAGGCUGUCUUUUUUGGCAUCUGCGUGCUGACGGAUCUUUCCAGUCUUCUGACCAGAGGAAGUGGGAACCAAGAGCAGGAGAGGCAACUCAAGAAGCUCAUCUCUCUCCGCGACUGGAUGUUAGCUGUGUUGGCCUUUCCUGUGGGGAUUUUCGUUGUCGCGGUGUUCUGGAUCAUUUAUGCCUAUGACAGAGAGAUGAUAUACCCGAAGUUGCUUGAUAACUUCAUCCCAGGGUGGCUGAAUCACGGAAUGCUAUAGCAACUGGAUUCCACCACUCUAUGCUUUUACACAGCUCUACAAUAUGAUCAGCUUGGUUGAAGUUUGGCACUCGAUGCUGUGCUCAAUUGAAGACAUAUGCACAACCUCACUUACCACAUUUUUUAACCUGUUUUCACACUGGGUGGAUCUGUAAUAUUUGCAUAAAAAUAUGAAAAGCAACCUUCCGCAAGGAGAGUAGGCAAUUAAAAGAUGUUGCGACCUUCUUUUACGCAGCAUUUCAAAGCUUAACGUUUUCUUGGCGUGCUUUGCAAACGCCCAUCUGACUUUGAAGCAGGCUGCCUCUCCACAGCUCCAGCAAUGACUAAAGAAUUGACCUGGUGCCAUGCAUGCUGCUCUGCACAAGAAGGGCAUUUGGAAAUGACCUUGAAGUGGAGUUGUGCCAAGUUAAUGAAAUACGGGGCCUUGAAGAAGUGCCAUUUCACGAGAGAUAUACAGAUGGGUAUUUACAGCAUUGUCAAAACUCAGCCCUUUAAUUUGGUAUUAAAUUACCAUGAGUUUUUAAGCUACAUAAGGAAUGAUGCUCAAUCUUGAUUUUAUUAGUUGCACUUUGUAACAGGUUGGAAAAAUUAGGUAAUGGAGAAAAUUGGCAUCCCACUGUUGUUUUUCUUAGGUGAUUUUUUUCAAACAUUUGCUGAAGAAAAGGGAGAUGCUUAAAGGGUACAAUUUUAAAUAGGGAGAUGGGAGUUUAAUAUAAAGAAUGAGCUGCAAAUGAGGAUGAAGUUAGUGGACAGAGAAAAAAUGAGAGAAGUGGUAUCUCUCUUUACUUGUGAACUGCCCAUUGAUACGAUUCCAACUCACCAGAUUUAGGCUCCGGGAGGGGGGCAUUUCUUUAUCUCAGUAUGCACACCCAUAGAGUAAACAGUUGUUGCUGUUUAAACAUGUUAAUUGAUGUUGACACCAGUUGUUGCUCUAUGGUUUUCCAUUUUACUGAGUGAUGUUUUUAUGCUGGUGCAUAAUGUUGCCUGAUUGUACUUUGCAUGCUGGUGAGGUUGGCUGACAUUUCCCGAUCUGUAUAACAUGAAGCUGUGCUUUAAGCUUAUUUGGAAGUCGGGGUUGAUGUGACAUUGGAAGGUCCCCUUCAGCUUUCCUGGCUGGACCUCUUUUCCACAACCAUGG